AUGACAUGUUACUCACUUGUUCUUCUCAUAUUUUGCCUUUGUGGAGUUUCUCUCACGGAGUCUCUAAGAAAUGGAUUUAGUGUGGAACUUAUUCACCGUGACUCUUCAAAAUCACCAUUUCAUCGUCCUGCAGAAACUCACUUCCAACGAGUUUCCAAUGUAGUGCGUCGUUCCUUCAACCGUGCCAAUCAUUUCAACAAAGCUUCUACUUCGAACCCCAAGAACACACCUAAAUCAAAUCAUGUAAUUCCUGAUGAUGGUGAUUACAUCAUGAGUUAUUCAGUUGGCACCCCAAAGUAUCAGCUCUACGGUAUCGUUGAUACUGGUAGUGAUCUUGUGUGGCUCCAAUGCCAACCUUGUAAGUCAUGUUACAACCAAACCACACCCAUAUUCGAUCCUUCAAAAUCCAAGACCUACAAAAACCUUCCUUGCUCCUCCUCGGUGUGUCAAUCUGUGCCAGUUAGCACGUGUUCUUCUAAUAAUACUUGUAAAUAUACAGCUAACUAUGGUGAUGGGUCAAAGUCAGAUGGAGAUGUUAGUGUGGAGACUCUAACAUUGGACUCCACGAGUGGCUCCCCAAUCUCAUUUCCAAAAAUUGUGAUUGGUUGUGGACAUGACAAUACCGGGUUGUUUCAUGGAAGAGCCUCUGGCAUAGUUGGGCUUGGGCGUGGAUCUGUGUCUCUCACAACACAAUUGGAUACUUCAAUUGGAGGAAAAUUCUCCUAUUGUUUGGUGCCUAUGAUUUCAGUGUCUGCUAACGCCUCAAGCAAACUCAAUUUUGGUGAUGUUGCUAUCGUUUCCGGAAAUAGAACUGUCUCAACUCCUAUAAUCCAAAACAUUGAUCUAAUUCUAAAUAACUUUUACGUCCUGAAUUUGGAAGCAUUUAGUGUGGGAGAUAAGAAGGUAGAUUUUGUGGACUCCCCAUUUGGAUCUAGUGGAGUAAAUAUUAUAAUUGACUCUGGCACUACAUUGACACUUUUGCCUGAUGAUAUCUAUAAAACUUUAGAAUCAGCGGUGUCAGAGGCGGUGGAUAUGAAGCCUAUUGAGGAUCCUGAAUCAAAAUUCAGUCUCUGCUAUGAAGGUACACUAGAUGAUUUGAUGGCUCCUAUAAUCACAGCUCAUUUUAAGGGCGCUGAUGUCCAAUUAAGUUCUCUUAACACAUUUUUUCAAGUUAGAGAUCAGGUUGUGUGCUUUGCUUUUGCCUCGUCUAAUAGUGUUGGUGUGGCCAUCUUCGGGAAUUUGGCGCAACAGAACUUCUUGGUUGGUUAUGACUUGAAAAAUAAAAUUGUCUCUUUUAAGCCCACAAAUUGUACCAAUCAGUGA